AUACAUACAGAGAGGCACUCCAUUCCCAUACGUUGAACAAAUAAACCCUUAUUCUCGCUUCCCACAAUCAGCAUACCGAUUGAACGUUGCUUCCCCUGCUCAUAAAAACCCAACCCCCUUUUUCCGUCCCUUUUUUUUUUUUUUUUGGCUUUUGUUUUUCUUUUUUCCCUCUUUUUUUUCUCCGUGAUGAGGUGAGGGCGAGGGAGCUGCCGCUGGAACUCAUCUGAUUCCGCUGAAGAAGAAGUAAAAAUGUCGAGGCCCCAGGUUACGAUCACCCUGGGGCGUAGCGGUCAGGUUGUAAAGAGAGCAGAUACCAUAUCAGAUGGCAGUCAUUCUGAUUACGUACCAUCAGGAAGUAAGCGACCCGUAAGAGAGAGAUUGGGGGGGAGCAAUGUUGACACUCGUCAUUUGUAUGGUGGCCGGUCCAAAAGAAAACGACAACGGAAAGAUGUUGUGAAUGAUGGCAAUCAGUACUUCUCCAAUGCUCGGGUUGGUCAAGAUGAUUUGAGACACAAACUCAUGCGCAAAAACUUAUCUAGGAGAACCCGGAGUGAUGGUGAACAACAUGAUGGUGUAGACCUCCGUGAAAAGCUCUCACGGACGGUUCAUGCUCCAUCAAGAAUUGAUGCACGACAACGCAUGCCUGAACCAAAGGCCACCAGUCUUUUGAGCCGAAUUCCUCCCACAAGAAGUGCAGAUGACUUGCUUCAGGUGGACUCAUUGAGAAAAUCCUACUCUGCUUGGACCCUUGAUGGAUUGAGGCAUAGAUCCCCAGACAGACUUUUAGGUUCUUCUAGGGGUAUCUCCUCUACAAGGAAUGUUGAUGGGCUGCGGCAAGUUUCAUCAAUAAGGCCUCUUGAUGCUCCAAGAUCCAAUUCAUUUUUGACGAAAGGGGCCAUUGAUGCUUCAAGACCCACAACUUUUAUGGCUAAAGCUCCUGCUACCCUCGAAGCUGCAAAACCAGUUGUGCGACUUCCUCCACCUGGCAUGGUACAUAAGAGUUCUUAUACUGCUGAGGAACCACUUAGCGUUGCCGGGUUGUUGCAUUCACUAGGUUUGGGGAAAUAUUCCAUUCUCUUUCAGGCUGAGGAGGUUGAUAUGACUGCGUUGAAGCAGAUGGGGGACAAUGACCUCAAAGAGUUAGGGAUACCAAUGGGACCCAGGAAGAAGAUUCUCCUUGCUCUCUUGCCUCGUUCCAAACAUCGACAGUCACGAGAGGUUUGAGAAAAGAUGGAUAAAAUGAAGGGUAGGGAUGUCGGUUCUUUUGAAUGAUUGGUAACAUAACGUAGGGAUCAUGUAUAUCAAGAUAAUCCUCUCCAUGUAUUUUUUUUUUUUUUUUUUUUUUUUUUUUUUAACUUUUCGCUUUUGGAAAAUUGGCCUAAAGGUUUUCCCCAAUUUCAAGUUGAUUGAAAAUAGCAUUCUUCCCAGCAAACUCGAAUCCAAGUUACAUGAAUAGAUAGAAGUCUAGUGCAGUGUUUUAUCUACAUAUUAUGUUAAGAGAUUUGCCUUCUGCUGUAGUGGCAAGUAUUGCAGUGAUAUCACUGAGGGAGGUUUGCUUCCUGUCUUUCCUUGAAA